AUGGCCACUGCUGUACUUCCCCCGCAUCCCCCCGCCAUGAAGGUCGGAGGCCGACGACUCUCCAUCAGCUCACGACCGAAGCCACACUUCUCUGCUGAGGGCAAGCCGCCCAGCCCAAGCGGCGAGGAGCCAGCCGACUACCCUCGUCCUGCGCCACCAGGCGAGGACGGCCCCCACAACCACGAGCACCACGACGAGGUGCCCAAGAAGGAGAAGAAGCGUGGCGGCGGCGGCGACGACCACGAGCGGCGCCUCCAGGAGAGCCUCUACCGCAAGGCCGAGCAGAACAGGCCGCGGAGGGACCUCCAUGGCGCGAAGAACCUCAACGCCGUGGGCGCCGGUGGCAGAAUUGCCCAGCCCAUCGGUCGUCAGAUGUCCCUGUGAUCGUGUUGCUUCGUUUGGGAACAAUAUGUUGUAUGAAUAGUAAGGUUGGGCAGCCGAUACGCAAUCCUGUAUAUUAGUGUAGCAUCGCCAUGGCGUCGUCCUCAAUUGUAUUAUUCCGCGCUUGUUGUCUUUGACAGUGUUGGCGAUGACAGUGUGCGAUGCAUAGCGGGGUCGCAUGGAUUGCAUGGUACAAACAUACACAUGGUUUGCAAUAUGCAGUAAUGGAGAGCGAAAGCAGAGAAAGCAAAGUGGCCGGGCACACGCCUAUGCCUCGGUUCUCCUCUUGC